AUGAAAGAACGUGGUUCAAAACAAGUGUCUGUAAUCGUCAUGGAAGAUAAAAGAGAGAUGACUGUUUUGUUAGCAUGUUCCCUUGCUGGAAACCUACUUUUACCACAACUGUUGUUCGCUGGAAAAACAACAAAUUGUCAUCCAAAGUUUAAAUUUCGCGCGGACUGGGACGUGUGGCACACCGAUUCGCCCUGGAGUAAUACUGACACAAUGAUUCGAUACAUCGAGAAUAUUCUUGUACCUUAUUACGACAAGCAAAGAGAGAUUCUCGGGCUAGUUCCAGAACAACCUGGUGUAGCAUUCUUCGAAGUUUUCAAGGCACACCAAAAUCCUCUUUUUCUGACUGAACUAGAGAAGAAGAAUAUUAUUCCAGUUUUUGUGCCCGCUUCCUGCACACGAGAGCUCCAACCUUUGGACUUAACUUCCAAAUGUUUUCCUGCAGGGGAACUAGUACUGCGAUGCUCAGGUUGCCAGAAUCCGAUUUUUGAUAGAGUCAUGCUAAAACUUCGAGACCAACUGUGGCAUUCAGGUUGUUUACGGUGCUCGGUCUGCUCUGUACUUUUGUCGGAGAGAUGUUAUCACAGAGAUUCUGCAAACUUCUGCAAGGAACACUUCUUCAGGAAAUAUGGCAGCCGUUGUGCUGGAUGUGGUAAUGGGGUUUUACCGCUGGAAACAGUGCGAAAAGUUCGCAGCUUGGUUUUCCACAUGCAGUGCUUCAUAUGCAUCUUAUGCGGAAGGCAACUUGCGACGGGAGAUCGCUUCUACUUGAUGGAAGACCAGAAACUUAUUUGUCAGCCAGAUUAUAUGGCAAUUUCUCUUAUUGGAGAUAGGGGUGCCAGCAGCAAACGCCCUCGCACCACUAUAUCCACAGUCCAGCUGGAAGCACUGAAGGCGGCCUAUCAACGAAGCUCCAAGCCAAGUCGUCACGUCAGAGAACAACUGUCAGCUGAGACGGGACUUGAUAUGCGGGUAGUUCAGGUUUGGUUCCAAAACAGACGAGCUAAAGAGAAACGUUUGAAGAAAGAAGCUAAAAAGCCAUACUGGGAAAAGAAGUAUUAUGAAGUAAAGCCUCAGAAAGACAAAACAGCCAACACUCACACUAUUGUAGAAGAAAUGUUACACAGUGGAUCCAGUAGCAUAAACUCAGCUGACUGGUUGUUUUCAAUUCCAGACUUCAAAUUCACAGUUUUCCAACAAAUAUUGUGUUACACAAAUAAUAGAAAGUAGAUUUGUGAUACAUUGCAUGUAAAGCAAUUCUUUAUUGUUUCAAGUCAUGGUAGUAUAAGAAGGUGCAUUAAAUAUAUUAAUUCGUCAGAUUUUAGCAUUUCCUAAUAAGAAGUAUGUACACUGAAGAGCCUAAACUUUUAUGAUGACUUGCUUCAUAAUGCAUUGCACAACUUUUCUUCUGCAAAACAGCUGCAACUCACCUUGGCAUGGAUGUCACAAGUUCUUGGUAGAUGACUGAAGACAUGUUGUAUAAAAUGUCUAAGCAGUGGUCACGCUACUUAGACAAAUGUCUUGUACAAAAUGUCUAAGAGCAUAUUUUGUAAAGUCAAGAUAUUCCUUCAUGGUAAACUCUG